AUGGAGGAAGGUACCAAAAAGGCAUCAUAUCCCAAUCAUGCGUUUGUGCUACCACUCCAGAACCCCACGGUUAUUCUGCCGCACAGUGUGAUCGACGAGAUAAAAUCACUUCCCGAUUCCCAGGUUUCACUGAACGCCAAUAAUUACCGCCGUUUUUUCGGAAGAUACACACUCAUGGGUACCCCAUCAGAUGAGUUCGUAGCAUCCGUAAAACAGGAUCUAACGCGAAAUGUCGGCGCCAUGCUGUCUGAAAUGCUCGAAGAGACGGAUUAUGCAACAAAAUGCACGAUUGGAGAGUACCAGGAUAUACGCAAUAAGGCAAUCCCCGUGUAUUCGACCAUGCUGCGGUACAUUGCAUUGGUGAGUGGCCGGGUCUUUGUUGGACUCCCUCUCUGUCGUAGUGAGGAAUGGGUGGAAUCAUCCAUAAAUUACGCCGUAGAGAGUGUCGCGGCUGGUCAACAACUCAGAGCAUACCCUGCGCAGCUCCGAACUCUGGUGGCUCCUUUCUUGCAGAAGAUUCGCGAUGUUCAACAGCACCAGGCGCGUGUGCGUGAAAUGCUCCACGACACUAUUUCCUAUUGCCAGCAACAAGGGGGCGCCGAAAAAAAACCGGACGCCUGUCAGCAGCGGGGUCGGCUCGCAAACUGGUUACUCCGUCAUUACGGCUCGCAAUCUUCUGUCUCCGAGAAGCUGCUGGGGAAAGACCACUUGCUUGCAUCGUUUGCGGCAAUCCAUAUAGCUACCAAUGCCCUAACUCAUGUGCUCCUAGAACUAGCUGCGCGGCCGGCAUACCAAGAUGAGCUCCAUGAAGAAAUCGCAACAGUGUUGACAUCCGGUUCAAGUAAGGACCUCACGAUGGUGGGCAUAGGAAAAAUGGUCAAGCUGGAUAGUUUUAUCAAGGAAUCCCUACGGGUGAAUCCACCCGGUGGAGUUGUGACUUUAAUGAGAGAGACCACGGCACCAUUGGCUCCGUCAUGCGGGCCACUUAUCCCAAAAGGGACACUGAUCGCCUUUGCCAACAACCGGUUUGAUAUGUCAUCACCACACCCGUUCGACCCAGACGAGUUCGAUGGUUUUCGUUAUUCCCGUGCGAGGCAGACGGCAGGAAAUGAAGGAAGCAAUCAGCUCAUCACUCCAAGCUCGGAUUCCCUGACGUGGGGAUACGGCAGCCAUGCUUGUCCUGGACGUUUGUUUGCAGCAACUGAGCUCAAGGUGAUAGCAAUACACCUUAUAACAAACUUUGAUCUGCGCUUAAAGAAUGGCGAGGGCCGCCCGCCGAACACGUCGCAUGAUUUUCAAAUCAUGCCCGACCCAAGAGCGGAGAUUGUACUCAACUUCAGAAAAUAA